AUGGGCUCGCUUCACCCUCCUCGAAACGUCCUGCAGAUCACAAAAGCGGCACAGGACUACGAAUAUGACGCCCAGAUACCUUUACGAUACUGGCUCCGGUCCGCCCAAGCAAUGCUACAAGAGGCACAGGUGUAUAUUCGCGAAGGCGACGAAGAGACAACGUAUCUCCUGCUCUUCCGCCACGCACAUUUGAUUCUUUCUCAGUUGCCGGCCCACCCGCAGGCCAGAGACAAAACAAACAAGCUGCUGCUGAAACAAGCCGAGAGGGAGGUGAACCAAAACUUUAAAGUCCUCGACUUGCUGAAGCCUCGGAUCAACGAGAGGUACGAGCGCUAUGUCAAGCUCAUCAAAGAACGAGAGGCAAGAAGAACUGCACAGACCCGAUACCAGCAUACAGAUGAACCUCAAAGUCCCCAACCGGCACCCGAACAAAGAAUCCGAAGACUUCAAGCACACGAAAACAAAGAGCUCGCUGUCCAGAUAGCCCAGAAAGAAAUCUCUAGGAGAGCUGCGAAUCGGAAAGCUGGCCAGGCCUUGGGCCACGACGGGGAUGACCUGUCUCAGAGACUGCAGGAAAUUCGGGCUCGAGUUGAGGGGAGGACUUCGUUUAGUGCUCGGGAUGGUGCUGAUGUGCAGUCACCAGCGAGGCCUGCCACGUAUAACUACCCGAGCAUUCCUGCUCAUCAAGCGCAGCAGGCACAAGGAUUUCAUACUUCGCCUCUCGGAGCUCAGAGGGAUGUUGCUGGUGUUCCGCCGGCGUUGCCUCCGAAACCGAGUAGCAGUGCUGGUGCACUUCCGCGUCGGCCCGAAAAAGUACCAGAGCCAACAACUACGAGGAUACAGACACCUGAGCCUUCACACAUCUUUGCUCCAGCAGCGUACCUGGAAAAUGGCACGCCACUGCGUACCAUCUUCCUCCCACCCACAUUGCGGAUGACAUUCUUGCGAUUGGCGUACAAGAACACGCUGGCCAACUUGGAAACAUGCGGGUUCUUGGCGGGCACUCUCAUUGCCAAUGCCUUCUUCAUCAGUAGGCUCAUCAUUCCAUCGCAAACGGCUACCUCGGAUACGUGCGAAAUGACCAAUGAGUCGCAGCUUUUUGAUUAUGUGGAUUCGGAGGACCUCAUGAUUCUUGGUUGGAUUCACACCCACCCGACUCAAACCUGUUUCAUGAGCAGCAGAGACCUGCAUACUCAUGCUGGGUAUCAGGUAAUGCUGGCGGAGAGCAUCGCCAUCGUCUGCGCACCCAGCAAGGGCGACACUACACAUGGUGGCGAUUGGGGAGCGUAUCGGCUGACAGAUCCUCCUGGCAAGAAAGCGAUCCUCAGCUGCGAGCGGCCCGGAUUAUUUCAUCCCCAUGACGCGGACAAUAUCUACACCGACGCGCUUCGGCCGGGACACGUGGUGGAGGCGAAAGGAAUGGAGUUUGAAGUGGUGGACCUUCGAGAUAAAUAG